AACAGCCUACACGACCAAGCGAAUGGAAAGUUCUCCUUUCAUCAUGAUUUGAAGUCGUAUCAGUACAUACCUAACAGUUCUCGAGCCUCGUUACCUAACAGUACCCAACCUAACAGAAAAUAAACGUCUUUGUUGGUAUUACUGAAACGAAAAAAUUCUUUUUUAUCGCUAAAAGUUGUUUUCAGUACAAAGUAUUCAGUAUAAAGUUAGGAAGGCUCACAAUUAUUAAGAGACUACCGUAGUUUCUAUUUAUAAAUCAUGUUUUGCACCCAAGCUGAAUGUUUUUUUUCUCUUGCGAAACGAAAAGAUUUAUUUAAAUGCUUCGUUCGUGUGUGUGUAUGUGUGAGUGAGUUGAAAUGAUUGUUAAUAGUAUGUUUAUUAAAUAUUUACUACUAUUUGUGGUUGGAAUAGUACAAAAAAAUAUGUGCCAUGCUACUAAAAAUGAACUGUACAAACACUAUGCAAAUUGGACGAAAAGGAUUAUUUACUCAGUCCCAUAUCAUCGUACAACUGAAACUCCAUUUUUGCACUUGGAACAACAGUUAAUGUGAAACAAAAAUGAAGUACCAAUUGGGAAUCGUACUGAUUUUACAACUCAUGGCACUAUGUCAUGCCUCAGAAGACUUUCGGCACAUUUCAUAUGAAGAUUUACUUCAAGAGGGAAAGUUGUUUCAAGAAGAGGGGGUCACUACAUAUUCUCAAUUAUUGUUUGAUGUAGCAAGGCAACAAGUAGUUGUCGGAGCACGAGACAACCUUUUCCGUUUAAAAUUAAAUUCUUUAACUCAACUGGAGCAUGCAUCAUGGACCGCGCCUUCAAAAAAAAUAUCAACUUGUCAAGAUAAAGGACAAACUUCUGAAGACUGUCACAAUUUUAUAAAAGUUUUGUUGAGCAAUGGAAAAUUUAUUUUCACAUGCGGCACUAAUGCUUAUAGUCCGAUGUGUACGUGGAGAGAAAUUGAAAACAUUAAGAAUGUUACUGAUACGUUAUCGGGAGUAGCUAUGUGCCCAUAUUCACCACAUGCCAAUGCAACAGCCAUUCUGAGUAGAUCUGGUGGUCUAUUUGCAGGAGCACCUACUGAUUUUUCAGGCGCUGAUUCUGCUAUUUACAGGACUUUGGAAUAUCCAAAUCUUCGAACACAUCAAUAUGAUUUUAAAUGGCUCAAUGACCCGCAGUUUGUUGGCAGUUUUGAGACGGAAGAAUAUGUGUUUUUCUUAUUUCGGGAAACAGCAGUGGAAUAUAUUAAUUGCGGAAAGAGAAUAUAUUCUAGAAUAGCGAGAGUUUGUAAAAACGAUCCAGGUGGUCAAACUUUAAUGAGAGAUACGUGGACUACAUUUAGUAAAUCUCGUUUAAAUUGUUCUCUCCCGGGCGAGUUUCCAUUUUACUAUGAUGAAAUUCAAGGCGCAGUAUAUCAUCCGGAGGAAGGAACCGUUUACGCUACAUUUACAACUCCAAAUAAUGCAAUAGCAGGAUCGGCAAUCUGUGCUUUUAAUAUGUCUGCAAUUUUAAAAGCCUUCAAUGGUCCUUAUAAAUAUCAGGAAAAUUCGGGCUCUACUUGGGAAAGGCAACCAGUACCUCAUCAUAAUCGACAACAUUGCGGCCAGAAGCUUAAUAGUGCACCUUAUCAAAUAAUGAAUAACCAUAGGUAUCAACUAAUGGACGAUGCUGUUCAAAGUACUGCUCUAAAGCCUUUGCAUACAAGUCACGAACGAUAUACAUAUAUUGCUGUGGAUACAACACCUACAAAAUUGCACCGUAGUGUAAUAAUACUUUAUGCUGCAACAACGACAGGACACAUUAAAAAGAUCUCUGUAUUGCCGAAACUACAAGAAACGUGUGUAAUUGAAGUUUGGGGUCCUUUACCUUCACCACCAGUAAUUUUACAAUACCUUAAAGAUACACAUAGUUUGUAUGUGGGAAUGCAAACAGGAUUAUUAAGGAUAUCAGCCGUUCAAUGUCAUCGACACCGAACGCAAUCAGCUUGUCUAAAUGCACAAGAUCCUUAUUGUGGAUGGAAUGAAUUAACCAUGACUUGUGCACAAGCACCCAAUCAGAAUACUGCUGUCACACAUUGGCAUCAGGAUGUAACAAAAUGUCCUGUAUUAAGAGAUUCAGUAGAAGGAGGUUGGAGCAGUUGGAGUUCAUGGCAUUUCUGUCAAUACGAAUCUACGGAAUCUGGUUCGGAAAAGUCGCAUCAUGUAAUCUCUUCCAAAAAUGAGAAUGCGGAUGGCUGUCAGUGUCAAAUAAGGGAAUGUAAUAAUCCUCCACCAAAACACGGAGGAAAUGUUUGCGAAGGUCCGAAGGUGAAAGUAACUAACUGCACUGUUCAUGGUGGGUGGACGUCGUGGUCUACCUGGUCAUCUUGUUCCCAAACCUGUGGUCUAGCAAUGAAAACUCGAAGACGUACGUGCAGUAAUCCUUCUCCAGCUUUUGGUGGUCGUGUUUGUGUAGGACCUGAUCAUGAUGAAGCUAUUUGCCUUGAUAUUCCACCGUGUGCCAAACCAGCUCAAUCAAUUUUGCCUUCAGAAAGUGGACAGUGGUCACCAUGGGAAUUAUGGUCGACAUGCUCCCGGCCGUGUAACGGAGGUAUGCGAAUUAGAAGACGAACUUGUGACGGUCCAAUAUCUCAUGAAGGUGGCACUAGCUGUCCUGGGUGUAACUUUGAAGUCGAGCAUUGCAACAGUCAAACUUGCACGGAAACAAAGAAAUUUUCUAAUUGGACGCCAUGGAUGGUUGUAAACUUCACGGCUCAGGCGAAAGAAGCUGAAUACACUGAGAAGCGGUUUAGAUUUGUAUGUCGUGCUCAAACUGAUAACCCGUCCAGUUUACGUAUUCAUUUAGGAAAAGAAGAAGAACGUUAUUGUAAGAAGGAUGGUUCUUGCUCUCAUGUUAUCGGAAUGACAAAUACUGACAGCAAUACAGAAGUUGGUUGGUCAGAUUGGUCACACUGGUUUUCAUGUAAUCGUGUGUGUACUCCAGGUUCUCAGGCCAGGACCAGACAAUGUGAAUCACCUCCUUGUGAAGGUGUGGCAGUGGAAACAAGAGUUUGUACACCAUUCUCAUGUCGUGGAAAUGAGAUGAAAAAGAAUAAAGUUGAAGGAACAUGGUCUACUUGGUCCCAGUGCUCAGUGUCUUGUGGUACAGGAAUCCGAACAAAAAAGAGAGAAUGUGCAUCAUCAAACACUUGUGAAGGGCCCAAUGUGAUUAAAGAGUCCUGCAAAAUGCCAAACUGUGAUUCUUCUAUUGAUUGGAGUGGUUGGUCAAACUGGUCUAACUGUAAUAAUGAUAAUCAGCAGUAUAGGAAACGUCAGUGCCUUGUACAUGCCAGUAAUGGAGUUUGCCAAGGAGCUAAUCAAGAAUUUCGUCAAUGUUCUUACAAUGAAUUUACGAAUAACGUGUCACCAAGUGUUCAAAUGGCAGGCGUGUCUGUUGGAGCAGUUGUAGGAAGUUUCAUUGCAGGAAUGAUUGUUGGUAUGAUUUUGAUGACAGUAUUGAGUUUAUUUUACAUGAAGCGGAAAGCAUCUCAUAUCGCCGGAAGUCCUCAUUAUAUAACAAAGCAGAACCCUUACGUCAUAGUCCCACUAAAAGAGGUGGCACCAAAACGUUUGUCCAGUUUUUCAUCCAAUACAAAUAUGAAUGGUACUUUAAGAGGAAAAAAUAAUUCGAAUGUGAAUGGAGUAGGAAGCCCGAAGCUUUACCCAAAAAGUUUAAAUUGUGAAUCAGCCACAUUAAAACGCAACAGCCAUAAACAACAAUUCAAUUCUGCAGACGUUGAACAAGAUAAAUACUAUUAAUGUAUAACGAGGAUUGUUUUUGAAAGCAAGUUUUAGUUUUACUCGCAUACAGCAAAGGAAGACAACGGAUGCGUUUUUUCAUUAAACCACUUGCAAUAGCCAGGAUAAAUAUACCUAUUUAUAUUCUUCUAAUUUAGGGAAGUACAGUGCAAUAUGCUCAAAGUAAGUCUUUUUUUAGAAUUCUUGAAUGUUUGCGUGAGAAAGUAUAUUAAAUAUUAUAUGUAUUAAAAGAAUAUCAUGCCAUAAUAAGCUUGUGGUUUUAUGGAAAGAAUGAAGAAAGAAAGUUGAGCGAGGAUAAAAAUGGGGCAAUUACAAGUUCACCUUGAGACUUUCCUUCAUUUUUGCAUCAAGAUUGAAAAAGUUGUAUUAUAAUUGUUAUAUUUUUGUUAUAAUCAACCGCAACGUUACUUUAGCACUGGCAGCCAGUACGAGCUAUAUGUACAAACUCCGGUUCCUGAACAAUUAUGAGAGAAUUGCAAAGACUGUAUGAACAUGCUCCAUGUCUUUGAAUGUAGUUUAAUACAGCAUAUUUGUUCUCUAUUAUUAUCGAUAUCUUUUCAUUAAUACGCAAACUAACGAAUGAUCAACUUUACAUAAAAUGAGAAAAUAAUGUCUGUAAUAAGCUAUUUUAAUAUGAAUGAUUGUUGCUUUGAAAAUCUUCGGUUAUUUAUUUCAAAGGUAAAUAAAUGAGAAAAAGAAUAAUUUGUUACGCAGAUACUAAUGUUAUUGUUUUUUUAUAUAAAUAUAUGAAUGAAUGAAUGAAUAUUAACUUUUUAUAUCUCGUAUACUAUAGAUAUAGAAUUAUUACAUUGAUUUUAAGACUGCGAUAUCGUAUAUUUUAUGGCGUGAAAGAUGUUUUAAGGACAAUAAAGUUUUGCCUUAUUAUUGCGGUAACGUCGUAAUUAAUACAGUAGAUUUGUAUAAAUGCAGGAAAUUGUUUUAAAUUUAAAACUUGUUCAUCUAAUAUAGAUACAAUGAACUAGUCUAUAUGCAUUCCUCGAAAAAAUUGCAUUUUGUUUACUAAGCGUCACAUUACAUGUAAACGACUUUUUUUAAUACUCUAUUUUGUUAAAACAAGUAUUACAGAUUUUAUAAAAAUUA